AUGGGGAAAGAGCAGGCUUGUGGUGUACGGGGAUUGGAGCCUGCAUCCAGCUGUGUUGGAACAGAUUUGGAUCCGGUUCGGCACAGCCGUAGUGGAUCUUUUUGCCUCCAAGGAGAAUGCUCAGUGUCCACUGUUUUUCUCCCUGCGCGACCGAGACGCUCCACUCGGCGUGGACGUGCUGGCGCACGACUGGCCACGGAGACUGCUUUACGCUUUUCCCCCAGUGGCCCUGAUACCACCCACCUUGCUGAGGGUACGAACCCAGCGCCACACUCUCAUUCUGGUGGCCCCAUACUGGCCAGCCAUGCAUUGGGUGGCGGACAUUUUCCAACUCCUGGAGGGCCAACCUUGGAAACUGCCGCUUCGCAGGGACCUGGUGUCCCAAGCGGGAGGCUCGAUCUUCCACCCUCAUCCAGAACGGCUGGCCCUGUGGGCCUGGCCCCUGAGGGGUGCGGGCUAGUGUCUGCAGAGCUGCCCCAGGCAGUCAUUCGAACCAUUCAGAAUGCUAGGGCCCCCUCCACUAGGUCCCUAUAUGACUGUAAAUGGAGGGUGUUUGAAGCCUGGUGUCAGGGUAGGGAGGUCUCACCCUUCCAAUGCCCGGUGAACAUCAUUCUGUCUUUCCUGCAAGACUUGAUGGAUGGGAAGAAGGCUUUCUCCACCAUUAAAGUGUACCUAGCAGCCAUUUCCGCCCGACACUUGGGUUUUGGGAAGAAAUUGGCAGGUCAACACCCCCUGGUGUGUAGCUUCAUGAGGGGCGCGCGCAGGCUUCUCCCUGUGUCUCGACCCCUGGUGCCCUCAUGGGAUCUGUCCUUGGUGCUGUCGGCCCUCUCCGGGCCUCCAUUUGAACCUAUGGACAGCCUGGACCUUAAGAUCCUGUCUCUUAAGGUGGUGCUACUCCUGGCUUUGGUAUCUGCAAAGCGAGUUAGUGACUUACAGGCUCUCUCUGUGCACCCAUCCUGCACCCAGUUUGCACCCGGUGACAUGAAGGUGUCCCUGAAGCCCAACCCUGCCUUUGUGCCUAAGGUGGUGGGCUCCUUUUCUCCUAUUAUCCUCACAGCUUUCUACCCACCACCCUUCUCCUCUCCUGAGGAGGAGCGGUGGCACAAGCUGUGUCCGAUUCGCGCGCUCAAGGAGUAUGUGAAUCGGACGGAGAACCUUCGCAGGGGGGACCAGCUUUUUGUGUCAUGGGGUGAGCCUCGUAAGGGGAAACCCGUCACAAAGCAGCAGCUUUCCCACUGGAUUGUGGAGGCUAUUUCUAUGGCUUACUCCUGUCAGGGCAUUCAGGCACCUGUUGGGCUCAGGGCCCAUUCUACUAGGGGCCUGUCUGCCUCUUGGGCCCUUUUUCGGGGGCUGUCAAUCCAGGAGAUUUGUGCUGCAGCAAGUUGGGCUUCUCCACUUGCAUUUGCACGCUUCUAUAAGCUUGAUGUUUCGGUCCCUGCAAUGACUCACACGAUUCUGAGUGUGGGGUCUUUGGCGGGCCAAGACGUAUCCCUGUAGGUUGGUGAUCGCUGGAUAAGCUGUCUGGCAAUACGGGAGUCUCCAUAUCCCAUAGUGAGACAUCGAAACGAAUGUUAAGAAAGAGAACUUUAGGUUACUGUCGUAACCCCGGUUCUCUGAGUAACAUGAGUGAGAUGUCUCACCAGACAACCCUUCUUGCUGGGCGAAGUGAGAAGAGGUGUUUAUCUUGAAUGGUGCGUGCGUUGGGACGCUUGCUACUUAUAGUAGCAGGUGACGCGUACGUCACGGUCACUGGCCAAUCAGGAUUGGCGUAUUGAGAUAAGUGCUUCUGAGGAAUCCGCGGAGUGGCGUAUCCCAUAGUGAGACAUCUCACUCAUGUUACUCAGAGAACCGGGGUUACGACAGUAACCUAAAGUUAAUGAUGAGCAAAACAUGAAACACACAGAUCACUUUGAAAUCAACAGGUGUUUCUACAACUACUACUCAAGGUUGUAUACCUCGGAGUCGCUCCAGGAGAAUUCCAUACUAGACUCCUUUUUUCAUGAUGUGGACGUUCCCCAGUUAAAACCAGAAUCAAUUGCCAUGAUGGAAGAGAAUAUUUGAACAGGAGAACUGAUUGCAGCUAUAAAGAGCAUGCAAAGUGGAAAAUCACCAGGCCCAGAUGGGUUUCCAUCUGAAUUUUUAAAACUUUCUAUGGGGUACUUGUCCCACUUUUACUCUCUGUAUUUAAUGAAUCCCUCUCAACAAAUUCUCUCACCACUACUAUGCGGGAAGCCACCAUUCCUCUUAUUCUGAAGAAUGAUAAAAAUCCCAGUAAUUUCAGUUCAUAUCGGCCUAUAUCUCUUCUUAACACGGAUGUCAAAAUCCUUACUAAACUGCUCGCCCGACGUUUAGAACACUCUCUCCCCUCGAUCAUAGCAUCCGACCAAAGUGGCUUCAUGAAGGGUAGAUAUUUGUUUUUUAAUCUCAGGCGUCUUUUCAAUAUUCUUUAUAACCCCUUCACAUAAGCCACACCAGAGACAGUGCUAUCAUUGGACGCGGAGAAGGCGUUUGACCGCGUGGAAUGGAACUAUCUGUUUUAUACUCUCGAAAAAUUUGGUUUUGGUAAAAAGGUUUUAUCUUGGAUUAAAAUUCUCUAUUCAUCACCAAUGGCAGCUGUCCGAAAAAAAUAACUACAUUUCUGCUUUAUUUGACCUACAGAGGGGCAUUAGACAGGGUUGUCCAUUGUCACCGUUCCUCUUCGCAACAGCCAUAGAACCCUUAGCACUCGCUGUCCGACAGGAUAUUAAUAUUAAAGGGAUUACUCGCGGUGGUCAAGAGUGCAAGCUUUCUCUUUAUGCUGAUGACUUGCUUUUGUAUGUUUGUGAUCCUAUGAACAGCCUUCCUCAUAUACUGAACGUUUUGCAUAGAUUUGGUAGAAUAUCUGGUUAUAAAAUUUAUAUCCAGAAAAGUGAACUGAUACCAAUUAAUUUGGCUGCAAGAAGUACUUCCUUUGGUUCCACACCUUUCAAAAUUAAUACUAAAAGGUUUAAAUAUCUAGGAAUUUGGAUAUCCCUAAAUUACAAGGAUCUUUAUAAAUAUAAUUUUUUGCCCCUCAUAGAUCGAUUGAAACAAGAUGUUAGAGUCUGGGACAUGCCACCCCUCUCUUUAAGUGGUAGAAUAAACAUUAUUAAGAUGUCCUUUUUGCCAAGACUUUUCUAUCUGUUCCAAAACAUUCCUAUUUACCUGACACAUUUUUUUCCAAUCUGUUGACAAUAUAAUUUCUAUGUUUAUCUGGAAUAAUAACCCCCUGUAGAGUUAAAUCUGCAUACUGAAAUCACCUCUGUUUCUAUUCAGUGGAGAUUCCGAAAAUGACCAAUCAGAUUAACCUAUGAAGCUUAUAUCAUAUAUAUAAAUAUCCCGGAUACUUAUAUAUCGAUCUAAGUUCAUACAUCAACCUGUUUGAUCUAAUUUUAAUCCAAAGAUUAAUGUUUAAUUUAGAUAAUUAAAUUUAAUAGCAAAAGUUAUUUUUGAAUCAGAAACGAGGAUCUUUGCUUUCAAAUAACCAGAAAUAGUAUACCUUUUCUGUGUUCCGUUUCAAUAAGGAGGCAAGUU